UUGAUUAUCAGAACCUAUUCACUUCCUUCACGUCAUCUUUCUUUUUUCCUUUUCAAUUUACCGGCUCUGCCAUGCAAAAUCCCCAAUUCUUGUCCAGAAAACCCUAAUUUUUUUAAUUUUCUAAUAUAUCUUAUUUUCAUUUCCUUUAAUUUUGAUUUUAAUAAUUCAAGCUCAUAACCCAUCUGAAAAAGAAGAAAAAGGAAAUGAGCAAUUUGAGGGCUGUUUGUAGACCACACAUGGUCUUCACUUCAUUGAUGUGUAGUAGCAGGCACCACUACCUCCAUCAAGCUCGAUCCAGAACUAGAGUUUCCUUUCGAAACCCUGAUUUUAGGUCAUCUUCCUUCUCUCCGUGGCUCCAUUUGUCCAGAGAUUUGAGGAGGAAGGAGCCUUGGUUUCGGGUCAAUCAAAGAAGAACUGCCGUUAGGGCAUCGAAUUGGUCCGAUCAAAAGUCUCCCUAUGAAACUCUUGAGUUAGAAAGGGAUGCUGAUGAAGAACAGAUAAAGACUUCAUAUAGACGUUUGGCCAAAUUCUAUCAUCCUGAUGUCUAUGAUGGUAGAGGGACUCUUGAAGAAGGUGAGACUGCUGAAGCAAGAUUCAUUAAAAUUCAAGCGGCUUAUGAACUGCUCAUAGAUGGGGAGAGGCGGAGGCAGUACGAUAUGGAUAAUCGAGUCAAUCCAAUGAAGGCAUCUCAAGCAUGGAUGGAGUGGCUUAUAAAAAAGCGGAAAGCUUGGGAUCAGCGUGGAGAUAUGGCUGUUUCUGCUUGGGCUGAGCAGCAGCAGCGUGAGCUGAAUCUCCGUGUCCGCCGUCUUUCCCGUUCUAAGAUAGAUCCUGAUGAAGAGAGAAGAAUCUUGGCAAAAGAGAAAAAGGCAUCAAUGGAACACUUUAACAGUACACUUAAGAGGCAUACGCUUGUGCUAAAGAAAAGGGAUUUAAUGCGCAAGAAAGCAGAAGAGGAAAAGAAAAAGGUUAUAAAUCAGCUUUUAGCUGCAGAAGGCCUUGAACUCGAUACAGAUGAUGAAUCUCAGUAGAAAUAUAUUAUGUUGUACAUAUUAAUUUCUUUACGUACCUCCUUAUUAGAUCCCUCCCGCAUAUACAUAGAUGCAUACUUUUGCGCUUAAUCCAAAGGAAAUACAGAAACUGUAUAUAAAUUUAUUUCAAGUUUAAGAAAGAAAUUGUUAUUCCAA